CGCAUGCGCGCGGGGGCGGGGGCCUGUCGGCGGCUACGGAAAGCGGGCCGGGCCGAGGCGAGAGUGGCCGCCGCGCCUUCCUUCCGUUUCCGCCACCGGCCGAUCUCCGCCGCCCGGGGAAGGAGCUGCGGGCUGCCGCCUCGGAGGCUCAGGUGACGCUUCGGACGGCUCCUCCCUCCCAGCGAGGCCUUUGUGGCAGGGUGUUUCGCACUCGGGGCCGGCACUGACUCUGCACGCGCUCGUCGGGAUGGCAGCGAGCUGACCCAGACCCCCAAGAAUGACCUGGACUGACAGUCUCCGUGAGAAGAUCUCUGGGGCCUUCUACAACCACGGCUUACGCUGUGCCUCCUGCCCGAUACCCAUCAUCCUCUUCACGGGCCUCUGCGUCCUGGCCUGCUGCUACCCAUUGCUGAAGUUGCCGCUUCCGGGCACCGGGCCAGUGGAAUACACAACGCCUGUGAAGGACUACAGCCAGCCGCCCCCCUUCCCGGCCCAGCAGCGAGGAGAACCGAGCGAGCGUCCCGACUGGUACUCUGGAGCCCCCGUGGCCUACAUCCAGCAGGUCCUGGUGAAAGCCACGGUUUCUCCAUGGCCGAAGAGCUUCCUGGCCGUCGAUGUCUUUCGCUCUCCACUCGCCCGGGUCUUCCAGCUAGUGGAGGAAAUCAGGAACCACGCUUUGCGCGACGGUCCCCGAAUUAAAAGUUUGGACGACGUCUGCCUUCAAGUGACGGAUCUCUUGCCCGGCUUGAAGAAACUUCGGGGGCUUCUGCCCGAACAUGGCUGCCUCCUCCUCUCCCCAGCGAACUUCUGGCAGAAUGACCAGGAACAUUUUGGCGCCGACCCCGAUAUUAUUAAAACCAUCCACCAGCAUGAACCCAAGACCCUGCAGACAUCAGCAACACCGAAGGAUCUCCUGUUUGGCGUCCCGGGAAAGUACAGUGGGGUGAGUCUCUACAACCGGAAGCGAGUGGUCAUCUAUGCCAUCACCUUGGGUCUUCGGCACUAUGAUGCCAGGUUCCUCUCCAGCCUCCGUUCACGGCUCAAGCUUCUCCAUCCCAGCGCCAACAGCAGCCUGCGGGAAGACCAGAUGAUCCAUGUCCAUUUUAAGGAAGAAAUCGGCGUUGCUGAACUCAUCCCUCUUGUCACCACCUACGUCAUCCUUUUCGCUUACAUCUACUUCUCCACCCGCAAGAUCGACAUGGUGAAAUCCAAGUGGGGUCUGGCUUUGGCUGCCGUCGUGACAGUGCUCAGCUCCCUCCUGAUGUCCGUCGGGCUGUGCACGCUGUUUGGCCUCACGCCGACGCUCAACGGAGGAGAGAUUUUCCCGUACCUGGUGGUCGUCAUCGGCAUUGAGAAUGUGCUGGUUCUCACCAAAUCGGUCGUGUCCACGCCAGUUGACCUGGAAGUGAAACUGCGCAUCGCACAAGGUUUGAGCAACGAGAGUUGGUCCAUCAUGAAGAACAUGGGCACCGAGUUGGGGAUCAUCCUGAUUGGCUAUUUUACCUUCGUCCCUGCCAUCCAGGAGUUUUGCCUUUUCGCUGUGGUCGGCCUAGUCUCCGACUUCUUCCUCCAGAUGUUCUUCUUCACCACCGUGCUCUCCAUCGAUAUCCGUCGGAUGGAGCUGGCCGAUCUCAACAAGCGUCCCCCUGCCGAAGCCUGCCUCCCGCCCCCCAAACCUGGUGCCCGCGGCCCACGCUACGAGCGCCAGCCAGCCAUGCGCCCAGCUACCAUGCAUACCAUCAACCUCCAGACCUCCUCUCUCCGUAACCUCCGUCUUCCUAAGCGGCUGAGGGUGGUCUAUUUCUUCGCCCGGACACGAUUGGCCCAAAGGAUCAUCAUGACUGGGACGGUGGUCUGGAUUGGCAUCUUGGUUUAUACCGAUCCGGCGGGUGUCCGCCUCUACCUGGCUUCCCAUGUGACGGAGCAGAGCCCCCUGGGCGAAGCAGGGCUGCCGGUUCUGCCUGUCCCCGGGGACGUCCUUCCAACAAGGGAUGCCAAGUUGUCCCUCUCGGUCUUCUCUGCCGAUCCCGUGCAGCCCCCACCACCGCAGGUCUCGGAGAACCAGACGUCAGAGUCCUCGCGCCAUCAAGAGGUGCAGCACCGCGCUGAGGAGCCGCUGAACUCCAGGAGCCGGGGGCAUCCGGAUGUGGGCUCCAAGGCCGAAGUGCGUUGGGGCGCGGAGGACGAAGAACUCUGGAGGAAGCUGUCCUUUCGCCACUGGCCGUCACUCUUCAGCUACUACAACAUCACUCUGGCCAAACGGUACAUUAGCAUCCUUCCAGUCAUCCCUGUCACCCUAUAUCUGGACCCACAAGAGGCCUUAGAGGCACGUCAUCCCCACGAAGCCAACCGGUACCAUUCCUCAACCUCGCUGGGUGUUGUGAAAGAAGAGCAGGUGGAACGGCUGCUAGAAGAGAAGCUCAAAGGACACAGCCCGCAAGAUGUCACCCUCUAUAAGGUGGCCGCCCUCGGCCUGGCAUCCGGCAUGCUUUUGGUUCUCCUCCUCUUUUGCCUCUACAAAGUCUUGUGCCCCAAAAAUUACGGACAAAACGGUCUUUCCCACAGUCGGCGACGAAGAGGGGACCUCCCCUGUGACGACUACGGAUACUCGCCUCCCGAGACGGAGAUCAUCCCCCUGGUUCUCCGAGGCCACCUCAUGGACAUUGAAUGCUUGGCUAGCGAUGGGAUGCUGCUGGUCAGUUGUUGUCUGGUGGGCCAGAUCCGGGUGUGGGAUGCACAGACGGGCGACUGCCUGACGGUCAUUCCUAAGCAAGGCCUGCCCCGGGACAACAGCAGCAGCGUCCUGGAUUUCCAGGACUGCUGGGAUUACAGCCCCGAUGGCCGCAUCGGGCUGGAAGACCCUUGGGACGGCAGCCCUCCCUUCCGUCGGACCCGAAGCCCCCCGCCGCCUCUCCUCUUCAGCGACCAACCCGAUCUCUCUUCUCUGAUUGAUACCAACUUUUUGGAGCAAACCAAGAGCGGGACCCCAGGGCCCCGUCUCCGCACCGUCAGUGGGCGCCCGGAUGGCUAUGACUUUGGCAGCCUGGUGGGAAGGGUCUGCGAGGAGGGUCCCCCAAACUGUACAACAUUCUCGCGCGUCUCAGCCAUCACUAAACAGGGCGGCUCCCAGAGCAAGGGAGUGUGGCCCCAAUUCGGUGAGGAUCCUGAAUGCAUCCCGCGACGGAGCAGCCUGGGGGGCGAUGAGUCUUCUGGGGUCCUGGGGAAGACCACGCCCCCAAUUUCCUGGCAGGGCGACUUGGACAGUUCGGUCUGGAGUUUAGAACUUCAAGGGAAUCUCAUUCUGGCUGGCCGGAGUAACGGGAGGCUGGAGGUCUGGGAUGCUAUUGAGGGGACCUUGCAGUGCAGCAGCGAAGAUGGGACAUCGGGCAUCACUUCCCUGGUCUUCUUGAGUGACAGGAUUGUGGCUGCCAGGCUGAACGGCUCCCUCGAUUUUUAUUCUUUGAGGACCCCCCUAUCCAUGCCCCACUCUCCGUUCCAAGCCACCCCAGGCCGGAACAGCCUCUCGUCCCCGCCGGUCUACAGUGCCAGUGACCUCACCUGCCAGCUGACCCACACCGUGACCUGCGCUCACCAAAAACCCAUUACCGCCCUGAAGGCUGCGGCUGGCCGGCUGGUGACCGGCAGCCAGGACCACACUCUCCGAGUGUAUCGCCUAGAAGACUCCUGUUGUCUCUUCACCCUACAAGGCCACUCGGGCGCGAUCACCGCCGUUUACAUAGACCAGACCAUGGUGCUGGCGAGUGGCGGCCAGGAUGGCGCCAUCUGCCUCUGGGACGUGCUGACCGGCAGCCGAGUAACCCACAUCUGCGCACACAGGGGCGAUGUCAUGUCCCUGACCUGCACCACCUCCUGCGUCAUCAGCAGCGGCCUGGAUGACGUCAUCAGCAUCUGGGACCGGGCCUCGGGGAUCAAACAUUAUUCCAUUCAGCAGGACAUGGGCUGUGGGGCCAGCCUGGGCGUUAUCUCAGACAAUCUGCUGGUCACUGGCGGUCAGGGCUGCGUCUCUUUCUGGGACAUCGGCUACGGCGACCUGCUGCAGACCGUCUACCUGGGCAAGAGCAAUGAAUCACAGCCGGCCCGGCAAAUCCUAGUGCUGGAGAAUGCGGCCAUCGUCUGCAACUUCGGCAGCGAACUCAACCUGGUUUACGUACCGUCGGUGCUCGAGAAGCGAGACUGAAAGUGGGGGGGGGAGGUGAGCAGAUGACGAGAAUCCAGAAACCCCUACCCGUCCCAUCCCUUUGAGCUGCUUCUGGACGCCCGGUGGUGGAGGGAAGAUGAUUGGCAAACUUUUCUGUCCAGUAGAAGAACGGGAAGGAGGCCAAUGUUGAAUCUUCCAAUUCUCUGCAUUUGGGGAGGAGGCGGGGCAAGAGGCCAGGGCCACAGUUCUGGAAGUGCUGCAGUGGGUGGGGAACAACUGGCGAGCUAGCAGGGUAGUUUUCUGCAAAAACGUACAUGUACACUACUGAAAAAGCGACAUCUACGCUGGCUUGGGCAUGUCGUGAGAAUGGCUGAUGGUCGGAUUCCGAAAGAUCUCCUGUACGGAGAAUUAGUGCAGGGAAAGAGCCUCAGAGGGAGACCUCAGCUGCGAUAUAAGGAUAUCUGCAAGAGGGACCUAAAGGCCCUGAGAAUGGACAUUAACAGCUGGGAAAGCUUGACCUCCGAUCCUUCAGCUUGGAGGCUAAAGACGCAGCAUGGCCUCCUCCAAUUCGAAGAGACAUUUGUUCGGCAGGCUGAGGCAAAGAGGCAGUCCCGGAACCAGCGAAAUCUGGGUGCUGGGCAGGGGACAGAAUGUAUCUGCCCUCAGUGUGGAAGGGAUUCCCACUCUCAAAUUGGCCUUUUUAGCCACACGAGAUGCUGUUUCCAGAGCACGAGACCAUCGUCUUUUGAGACUGAAGGAUGCCAAUAGAAUCGUGGCAGCAAUGUUUCCUUUGCGGUCAAUUUGGGUGGGUGCUGAAUCUGGCCACGCAAGAGUCCUUGAACAAAUGGGCUGGAAGCAAGGUACGGGGGGGGGGCUUCCCCAGUGCCCCCUUAGCCCCCUCCCCUCCCCCCCCGUCUCCCAAGCCGCUUCAUGUGGGGGGUGCUUGGAAGGCUACAGAAAGAGGUUAGGAAACGACUAGCCAAAGGCCUUGGCCAGUGAGCCGCAGCAGGCAUGAAAAAGUGGGCGCCAAUACUCCCCAUCGUAUUUAUUUCUGCUGUACAUAGUUAUUUAUUCCAGCACGUGAGCGGGAGAGGAGGGGAGAGACGCUGCCGACCGUAAGCCGAGUUCACUAAAACUGGCUUGCUGGCCUCUGCAAGCCUCGGCUAAGGACCAGGGACUGGAUGCUUUGGCAUUAAACCUGCCCAGCGUGGACUUCAGGGCAGCUUUACAGGCUGUGGGCAUUGCUGUGUCCCCCACCCAACCCUGAUAAAAAUGGAGAGUCAUCCAAUUCAACUGAGUCAUCGCAGUUUUCAAAGAUCCAAUGUCUGCCUCGGACAGACACGCAGUUCCUGCAGCAAGCAGUUUGGCAUCAUGUAGAGUUUUGUGUCCUGAAGACUGAGCGGGAGUACUGUAAACCUAAAUUUGUCUGCUGAGCCGAUGUGGGCGCCGCGCUGGGAGAAUCAACCAUAAUGGGAAUUCGACUUGGCGAAGACAUGAGGAAUGUUUGGGAAGAGCAGUUAGAAUACGCGGUUCAUUUCUUAACUUAAAACCAUUCAUGUAGGAACUAGCUUAUUUAUAAUUUAGGAUUGCUGCUUGUAGGGAGGUGUGUGCUCACUCACUGGCAGCAGGAGGCUUGGGGGCUGAGGUCGGCUGCGUCGCACCCAAGACCAAAUGGGGUAGGGCUAAACCAUUCCCCGGUGUUCUUAACCAUGGCCAUUUCCUGAUGUGUGGGCUUCUCACGGCUCGUUGGGGUACAGGCAGUCCUCGAGUUAUAACCACAACAGCCUGCCCACGAUAGCUGCGAAAUGGGCCAGUCUGCUCACAGCAUCCCACAAUCGUGUGA